AUGGGUUAAUUGAUUUGUUAACACUUAAAACAAACAUUUUACAUAUACAUGAGGGCAAGCAAGUUCAUUUGUAGAGCACCAUUAAUACACAGAAAACAAGUAAUAUCUUUGAUUCAUUAAAAAAAAGCAAGUUUUGAGGAAGAUAAUCUUUGACAGUAUUAACUUGAGCUACAAAUGUAAUACCGUGACCACACACACAUACAUUCAUACAUUUUUUUUUUUUUUGUCAUAACAAAAUUUGUGCUCAACCGUAUAUUAAAAAAGUAUUUCCUCUCCACACAACCGUCAAACCAUGAAAAGACAUGACUACCGGUAACUGAACGUUAAUUUCUUGUGCUUCUUCUGUGGUGUCCAUCGGUUGUUGGCAAAUCAACUUAACUUCAAAGUAACCGAUGGACGUUUUAAAGUUUGUUGGAGCCAUCUAGUGGCGGAGAUUUGAAAGCGCUUGUAUUUUAAAUGUUACUGGGUAUCACAACACACAAAAUUGUUCAAGCGACAGCUUCAUAUCUUGGAAAAACUUUUCAGUCAAGGCACACGUAUCCCAAAGCCCCACCGGGUUCAAUUGUUAUUUUCUAGAGACUUUGUCCUGUUCAGAGCUGACUUUGGCCGUUUCCCCAAAUCCAAUGUGGCCCUUAAGCAUAAAAGUGUGCCCACCCCUCAUGUAGCUCCCAUGAAGCACAAGUGACACACACUUUCAUCUAUUUGAAAUGAUCCUAAGGUGACAGAAUGCUUUUCAUCAGAAAUUGAAUUGGGAGGGGAGAAAAAAAAAGGGAUUGCGAGGUGUACGCUGCAUGCCUUAGGUUUGAUGUUGCCUUCCUGUCACCAGUGUGACUAAUAAGGGGAUUCUGCACAUACCUGCUAGUGUAUAAAUGGCCAUUUGAUACACACACACCUGCUGGCGCUGGCCAUGAGCCUCAGUCAGCACAGCAGUAAGAUACUGUUCAGUACCGGCGGCCCGAGUUUAACUGACACCAUAUCAAGAUGGACACUUUCCACAGGAUGACCAUCAUCCUGCUCGUGUCCCUCCCACAGCAGACGAUGUCAUUUGACAGCACCUCAGUGAAUGUGGGCUCUGUGUUUGUGGAGGAGGCUCUUCGAAGGGCCACCGAGCUUACCCACGGCGCCUACGUUCGCACAAGUGAAAGGGUGAAGAAGUCUCUUUCCGAAGGUGCCCUGAGACCGACUGAUCUGCUGGCUCACUUCAAGAAGACCCAAAGCACAAGCAGGACUCACAUUCGGGCCGCCGAGCUGCUAGACAACACGGUGGAGCUGAUUCGAGAAAUGGUCGACACGCACAAUUUGACGCAAAACAGCCGUCACGAGCUUCUGAGUGAAGCAGAUGUCGACAAUCUACUACAAGCCACUGGCUGUUUGGCUCAACUGCGCACACCGAGCUGUCCUACAGGCUGCGUGGCAGAACGCUACAGAUCCAUUACAGGCCACUGUAACAACAGAGAACAUCCCAGACGGGGCUCUGCAAACAUUCCCUAUUCUCGCUGGUUGCCUCCAGAGUACGAAGACACAUGGGGGAGACCCAGAGGCUGGGAUCCACAUCACACCUACCACAACUUCAGCCUGCCACCUGUCCGACUCGUGUCUCAGGAGGUUCUCUUUACUCACAAUGACAACAUCUCCCCGGACUCCACUCUGUCCCACCUGCUGGUCGAAUGGGGCCAGUGGAUUGACCACGACGUGGUCCUGACCCCUCAGAGCCCCAGCACGGUGGCUUUCCGGAGCGGGGCGGACUGUACCCAGACCUGCAGCCAGGAUUCACCAUGCUUCCCCAUAGAGGUGGUUCACCUUAACCCUUUCAGGGAGAGCGGUUACUACAGUGGACAGCUUAUCAUGUUAUCAGGUUACAGGGUGCAUGAAAGAGUUAAGCUUAGGCUACAUUUUUUUUUCUUUUUCGGUCCAACCGAAAGCUUUUCUGAUUAUUCCUCUGUCGCUUUUUUUUCUCAGAUUCCACCAUCAGAUCCUCGAUAUGGCAUCCAGAGUUGCAUGCCUUUCUUCCGCUCCGCUCCGAGCUGUGUGGACGGAGUCGGGCCUCCUCUGCACCGUGAGCAGCUCAACGCCAUCACCUCUUUUGUAGACGCCAGUAUGGUUUACGGUAGCUCCGAUAGCCAGGCUCUGGAGCUACGUGACCACUCCUCACCUCUCGGCUCGAUGGCUUGCAACUCGCAGCACUCGGACGGGGAGCUGGCCUACCUGCCCUUCUUGCCUCGCCAGCAAGCUCACUUGGAUCCCUGCGGCCCGAGAGAGGGCUCGACACCACAGAGCAACGCCACAUCCUGCUUCCAAGCGGGUGAUUCAAGAGCCAAUGAGCAUCUCGGCAUGGUGGUCCUGCACACACUCUUCCUGCGAGAACACAACCGUCUGGUCAAAGAGCUACAUGACCUCAACCCGCACUGGAGUCCCAACACCCUCUACCAGGAGGCCCGGAAGAUCGUUGGCGCCAUCCACCAGAUCCUAACGUGGGAGCACUACUUACCACGAGUCCUCGGGGAGAAGGCCAUGUCCAGGCAGAUGCCUCCCUACAAGUCUUACGACCCUGACGUGGAUCCCAGUGUCGCCAACAUCUUCGCCACCGCCGCUUUUCGUUUUGCUCACGUCACCGUGCAGCCGACCGUGACCAGGCUCGGGCCCGGAUACGCCGCAAAUUCCCAGCAUCCUUCGCUGCCCCUGCAUCAUUCUUUGUUCGCCUCGUGGAGAGUUGUCCAGGAGGGCGGUAUCGACCCAGUGCUGCGUGGCCUCUUGCGGUCUCCUGCCAAGCUCCAAACUCCUGGUCAGAUGAUGGUGGAGGAGCUGACAGAGCAUCUUUUUCAGGCGCACGGUGGAAUGCCUCUGGACCUCGGUGCCCUCAACCUUCAGAGGGGCCGGGACCACGGCCUGCCAGGAUACAGCGCAUGGCGAAGGUUCUGCGGUCUUUCGGUUCCCAACACAACAUCAAAGCUGGCAGACAUUUUGGGUAAUGCAAACCUAGCGCACAAAUUCCAGCAACUGUACGGCACGCCGCACAACAUCGACGUGUGGGUGGGGGCCAUCUCUGAACCACCUCUAGCCGGAGGCCGAGUAGGACCCCUGUUAUCCUGCCUGCUGGCUAGACAGUUCAGAGCCCUGAGAGACGGUGACAGGUUUUGGUGGGAGAGAAAGGGAGUGUUCACCAGCGCGCAGAGGACACGCCUCCAUACCAUCUCUCUGUCCCGAAUCAUUUGUGACAACAGUCACAUCACCCACGUGCCGGACGACCCUUUCUCACACACAGAGAAACCUGACGCCAUGCUGCCUUGCUCCGGCCCACUCAUCCCCGUCCUCGACCUCAGCCCCUGGAAAGAACCGCGCUCAGAUCCAAAUUGCGGACCCAUACCCCGAAUUCAGUCUGGCUACUCCCAGCUCUGCGACUCGGCGGUCACGUAUGAGUGUCAACCUGGUUUUGAGCUACAAGGUUCUUCAUCUAUCAGCUGUGACGCACAAAGUCAGCAGUGGAGCUCCCCGCCUCCAACAUGCCGUGACAUGAAUGAAUGUGAAGAACAGAGUUCUGUUUGCCCCCAAAAUAUGGAGUGUCUCAACCUGCCGGGUUCCUUUUCUUGCUCAGAGGUCUCCUCGCCAUCCGCCGCACCGGUCGUGACGGCAGCCAUUGUUGUGCUCGGUGGUGUUGCCGGAAUGCUGCUGAUCCUUUGCUAUUAUCGAAGGUGUUUGCCAAACAAAGAAGAGUCAGUCUGUGCUGGAAGUUGUCAAAGAGAAAGUUAAGCAACCACUUUAAUUAAAAAAAAAAAAAAAAAACCCUGCAAAUUGACAUAAGCUUUCAUUGUGAUGGAAAUGUGCAGACUACUGAUGAAUCAUGGACAAGUAUAAAAGAGUGAGCCUGUGUUUUGUCCUUGUGCCAUUAUGUCACCAAGCGCUGCCAAUGUACUCAAUCAUUAACAAAUGAUUUAUGAAGGUCUCCCGCAAACCGUAUUGUGAGGCCACCUCAGCAAAGCAGGAAGCUUACGAAAAAGUAUUUCAAGCCGGAAACCACAGGCUUAGAGGAAUUUCUGCUCCGAAAGAAAGAUUUUCUCUCCAUAAAGCCCCCGCCGUAAGUGGGGACGUGGCCUCGAUGUUUAUUCAGUGCUCCCGUGUUGAAUUCCUGCUUACAAACCUGUAGAGCAACUACGGGUGUGUCCCGACUGUGGUUUAUGUCGCUGUAAACACGUCAUUCAUGGCGAUGACCACAAUCCAGACUCCAUUCCCGAACUUUCAACUACCGGUACAGAUAAUCUCGGUGUUACCAUCUGAAGAAACGCAUUUUAAGGAAAUGACAAAUGGGACGAGUGUGGCAUUGUCAGACUUUAAUGGAGUGUUGGCAGGUAUCAGUACACUGACAUUGAAGAUGUCGAAUCAAAGCCUUUUAGAGGCCUAGAAGUGGUUAUUGCACUUAUCGCACCUACGUGUUUCUUCAUUCUCACCUUCAUAAUACCGUUGGACUGCUAAAAAAAUACAAUAAA